AAAUUGAUCACACCCCACUCUCUCUUCUCACUUGUCUUCCCUUCUCCAACCAUCAUUUUCCCCUCUUUUUCCUCUGUGUUUUCCUCUUCAUUUCAACCAAAACUUCCACCCCUUUUCCGGGUAGUUUAAGGUUUUUGAAAGAGUGAGUAUGACAAACCAAAACAUGGUCAUUUCGGAUGCCAAGUCAGGUUUAGCUAUGGCCAUAGCAGUUGCCUUGAAGGAAUCGGGUCACUUCUCGCCCGCCAUGCCUGUCGUCUCCCCCAACGGAUACUUCUCCAGGAAAAAGCUCCAUAAAAAGCUUGAAGCUAAUGGAAACGGAGCCCGAAUGAACGCCUUGCUUGACUCGAUGAGGGCUUCUUCCCCCACACGACGGCCUACCGACACUGAAGACCACACCUCUUGGAUUCUCCACCAUCCUUCAGCUUUGAGCAUGUUCGAGGAGAUAAUGAGGGCUUCACAAGGGAAGCAAAUAGUAGUCUUCCUAGACUACGAUGGUACCCUAUCCCCCAUCGUGCAGGAUCCCGACCGCGCUUUCAUCACCACCGAGAUGCGAGAAGCGGUGAGGGCCGUCGCCAACCUCUUCCCAACUGCCAUCGUUAGCGGGAGGUGCCGAGCUAAGGUGUACAACUUUGUGAGAUUGUCCGAGCUUUACUACGCGGGCAGCCAUGGAAUGGACAUAAAGGGUCCAGCAAAAGGACACACACACAGAACAGUGAGUCAUUGCCACCUAUCAAACAUUACGUCCAAAAUUCAGUACUUUGAUGUAUACCUCUUUUUCUUGCACAAUUUUCAUGUUCUUGGUCUUUUGUCAAACAUUCAGGGAAAUCAAACUGUCCUCUGCCAGCCUGCCAGGGAAUUCUUGCCAAUGAUUAAUGAGGUGUACAGAGCUUUGAUGGAGAAAAUUAAGCAUAUCCCAGGGGCUAAAGUUGAGAACAACAAGUUUUGUCUGUCAGUACACUAUCGCUGCGUUGAGGAAAAGAAAUGGGGUGAAUUAGGUGAUCAAGUGAAAAUGGUGAUCAAAGAAUAUCCACAGCUUAGACUGACUCAAGGGAGGAAGGUUUUGGAGAUCCGUCCCACCAUCAAAUGGGACAAGGGAAAUGCACUUGAGUUCUUGCUCGAGGCGUUAGGCUACGCGGAGUCGAACGAUGUCUUGCCUAUUUACAUAGGCGAUGAUCGAACCGAUGAAGAUGCGUUUAGUGUUUUACGAGAAAGAAAACAGGGUUUAGGGAUACUCGUAUCAAAAACUCCCAAAGACACGAACGCGUCCUACUCUUUGCAAGAACCAUUGGAGGUUAUGAAGUUCCUACAACGUUUGGUGGAGUGGAAGAAGUUGUCCGUAUUAAGGCAUUAGCUUAGAGAGUAGUGCAGAGUGUUACAACCGGUCCCCGAUGUUUUAUGAGGGAUGGGGUUCGAAAUUCUCCACUUUCUUUUUCUUUUGUUUUUUUCUUUACUUGUAAUUGUAAUUUCUUCUUACAAAAUAAAUUUUUUUGUACUUAACAAAAAUGAUGAGUAGAAUUAAUGGAUUA